AUGCCCUUCCCUUCGGCGAGCGCAGCUCCUCGGGGGUGGGAAGGCUGGGAGCCGCUUCCGCGCAGCCCCCGGUCCGUGGAGCUCGGGGCCGGUGGGGCGGGUCGGGCCCAGGGCGGUGCGGCCGCGGUCCGGGCGGUGUCGGGAGGGGCCCGCGCCGCGGCUGGUGCAGAGCCGUCCUUGGGGCCCGGGCGAGCGGACCAGAGCCACCAGGAGGUGGGCGUGGGGAGGGAGCGCGGCCCGGCCGGUGGGACCCGCGCUGUCCCUCGUGGGGGGCGGAUAGGGGACCCCAGUGCCGCAGCUGUGCAUCCUCAGCCGCUGGUCUUCCCGGUUUUCCCCGUCUCCAGGACGGGAUUUGCCUGGUACACAACAGAAAACAAUUUCAACAUGUCAUCAGUCAAGCGCUUGGUUUAUGCAGUCAUCCAUUUCUUGAGAGAACAGAGUCAGAUGGAUACUUUCACUCCAGAUGAACAAGAAAGCCUGGAAGUUGCAAUUCAGUGUCUGGAGACUGUGUUUAAGAUUACCCUGGAAGAUACUCAUCUUGCAUCCUCACAGCAUUUGAUAGAAAUGUUCACAAAUUCUAUUCAAAAGAAUGACAUGCUGCCUCUCUCACGUUCUUUACCAGAAGGUGUUGUAAAGGCUGACCAACUAAAGGAUGAAGGUAAUAAUCAUAUGAAGGAAGAAAAUUAUCGUGCUGCAGUGGAUUGUUACACUAGGGCUAUAGAGCUGGAUCCAAACAACGCAGUCUAUUACUGCAACAGGGCUGCUGCUCAAAGUAAGCUCAACAACUUCAGGGAAGCAAUAAAGGACUGUGAGAGUGCCAUAGCAAUAGAUCCAAAGUACAGCAAAGCAUAUGGAAGAAUGGGAUUGGCUCUGACCUCAGUGAAUAAAUAUGAAGAAGCAGUUAACAGUUAUCAAAAAGCACUGGACCUUGAUCCAGAGAAUGACUCUUACAAGUCAAAUUUGAAAAUAGCAGAACAGAAACUAAGAGACGUGUCCAGUCCUACUGGAACUGGACUGAGUUUCGACAUGGCAAGCUUGAUAAACAAUCCUGCCUUCAUUAGUAUGGCAGCCAGCUUAAUGCAAAAUCCUCAAAUUCAACAACUGAUGUCAGGGAUGAUGUCAAAUGCCAUUGGUGGCCCUGCUGCUGGGGUUGGUGGCCUUUCGGAUUUGUCCAGCCUGAUCCAUGCGGGGCAGCAGUUUGCACAGCAGAUACAGCAGCAGAAUCCUGAGCUCAUAGAGCAACUGAGAAAUCAUAUCCGGAGCCGAUAUUUGAGUGGCAGCACUGAAGAACAUUCCUGA